AUGGCAAUUCUAGACUGGGUUUUUGGGAAAAGCUUGACGCCACAGGAGCGCUUGAAAAAGAACCAACGGGCCUUAGAAAGAACACAGAGGGAGCUAGAGCGCGAAAGAAGGAAACUGGAGGCUCAAGAGAAGAAGCUCAUAUCUGAUAUCAAGAAAUCUGCUAGAGAUGGACAGGUUGCAGCAGCGAAAAUACAGGCAAAAGAUCUGGUACGAACCAAAAAGUACAUCGGCAAAUUCAACAACAUGAGGACUCAACUCCAGGCCAUUGCCCUUAGAAUCCAGGCAGUACGUAGUAGUGACCAAAUGACAACUUCUAUGAGGGAGGCAACUGGGUUAUUAUCUUCAAUGAACAGGUCCAUGAACCUGCCCCAACUUCAGCGUAUAUCGGCUGAGUUCGAAAAGCAGAGUGACCUCAUGGACCAACGUCAGGAGUUUAUGGACGAAGCUAUUGAUGAUGCCAUGGGUGAUGAGUUGGAGGAGGACGAGGAAGCGGAUGAGAUCGUCAACAGAGUUCUGGACGAAAUUGGAGUUGACUUGAAUCAAAAACUACAAAGCUCACCGCAGGAGAUGCUGGAUUCUGCUGAUGGAGAUAAUGUUGAAAGGGUAGCCGAGUCUCUAGAUGCCCAUGGGGGCGCGGGUCCUCUCAGUCCGGAUGAUGAGCUCCAAGCAAGACUUAAUAGUCUCAAAAGAUGA